AUGAAGCCAAGACCGGCCUCCUGUACUGUCACCUCUGUGGAGCGGAGGAGAGGCAGUCUGCCCGCCAGCCCCUCUCUCAGCUGCCUCAGCCAAAUACUACUCGCUAAACAAGCCAGGAUUGUCAGACAUUUCCUGCAUCAGUCACAUCUGGCCCUGUUGAAUUCUGAAGGUCGGUUCUUCCGUCCCGCCAACCCGCUUCGUCCGCCCAUGGACAGUCGAGACGGCGAGACCACGAAUCGCCAGCCUCUGAAGAUUGGGCCCGAACUAAGGCGAGGCUUCACCGAUCAGCCGAUCCGGCAUUUGGAUCCGAAAUUGCUUCGUCACUUGGACCAGACGGUUAGACAAUUGGCAACGGGCAGUUCAGACGAUGCUCUCGUGUCUGCAUGCCAGACCGCUCGACGGAGCCACGUCUACAACCCGCCAGACCUGACCUGCACAGGCUUUGACCCCACGCAAAACACUCUUCCCAGGAUCUUUUCAGCCUACUCCCGUCUUCAUGAAUCCGCCGGAAGAUCAACUCAUGCUUUUUUCCCAUGCCACAAUACGAAUUUUUCUCCCAAACCUAAACUCUCAACGCCCUCCCCCUCCCCUUCUCUCUCUCUCUUGCACCGGUGUCUGUGCCCAUACUCGUCUCCCCGAAUCUUCUUCUACCCUCCUUCAACCGGCCCCGCGACGCCACAGGAGUUUAUCACCGCUUUCGACACCGACGAAGACGGGCGCAUCAGUUAUGACGAGUUUGCCGCUGGCAUCGCCAGUCUAACACCGGAAAUAUUAGAGUGA